CCCGGGUCUGCCCCGUCCGAGCCUGGCUCCACCGUGCACCGUCCUCACCGCAGUCCCUUCCCUCACGCCAGCGUGGGCAAAACCUCCCUCCUGCACCAGUACGUGCACAAGACGUUCUACGAGGACUACCGCACCACGCUGGGCGCCAGCAUCCUCACCAAGGUCAUCGCCGUGGAUAACACCCCUCUGAAACUGCAGAUCUGGGACACGGGGGGACAGGAGCGGUUCCGGUCCAUGGUGUCGACCUUCUACAAAGGCUCGGACGGCUGCAUGCUGGCUUUCGACGUGACCGACCGGGAGUCCUUUGAGUCCCUAGAGAACUGGAGAGAUGACUUCCUGGAGAAGGUCAUCCCCAGGGAGCAAGACUUCCCCAUGGUCGUGCUGGGGAAUAAAAUAGAUAUCUGCGACCGGCAGUCAGGCCUGUCUUGUGUCUUGAGUUCAGUCACGUGGAAAGCGGGGCUCCCAGGCGGAGCAGUUCAGGGCAUGCCGAUGCCGAGCCCUGCGUGGCUGGUCCUGCACCUCGCAGGGCCGGUCCCGGGCCCUGCCCACCGUCUCCCACGAGCCUCUUCGCCGAGGCCAACGGCGAGGCCUUUGGAGGCAAAGGGUGCCCCACCGAGGGGAACAGGAACUAAGCAUCCCGAUUUCCGCCUACGCUCCCAGCGUCCUGCCCCUGCCCAGCGGCGCUUGGGGGAAAGCUGGGGAGACCCGGAGGCGUCCGGGCCGACGGCGAGGAGGGUCGCCUUCGUCAGCGGCUGGCCCGGGCCCCGUGGAGCAGCAGCGGCAGGAUCCUGCACGCCCCAGGAGCCCCGGGACAGUCAGGGUCGCUCUGGGAAGCGGCCCUCCAGGAAGACCAGGAGACUCAACGGGGUGGCGCUGCGCCAGGCAGGAUGCUGGCAGGAGAGACCAAAGGUGCUAGGCUGGUAA